AUGGCCCCCGGCGCCGCCGCCCUGGAGCUGCUGAGCCCCAAAGAGAAGAACCGACUGCGGAAGCCCGUGGUGGAGAAGAUGCGCCGCGACCGCAUCAACAGCAGCAUCGAGCAGCUCAAGCUGCUGCUGGAGCAGGAGUUCGCGAGGCACCAGCCCAACUCCAAGCUGGAGAAGGCGGACAUCCUGGAGAUGGCCGUCAGCUACCUGAAGCACAGCAAGGCCUUCGCCGCCGCGGGCCCGCACAGCCGGCAGCAGGACUUCCGCGAGGGCUACGCGUGGUGCCUGCAGGAGGCCGUGCAGUUCCUGGCGCUGCACGCGUCCGGCGACGCGCAGAUGAAGCUGCUCUGCCACUUCCAGCGCCCGCCGCCCGCGCCCCCCACCCCUCACCCCGCGGCCAAGGCCGGCCCCGCGGCGCCCCAGCACCAGCCGCCCCGCGGCCUCUGGCGGCCCUGGUGA